GUUUUUCAAAAUUUCAUAAAAAUUCUAAAUGUUAAAGUGACAGUGUUUAUUUCUUUUCCUUUCGGAAAGUAAAUUUGAAGUUUAAACUUAAGAAUAAUUCAAAAUGGCUGAGGAUGAAAUCGUGUUCCCCGAUGAAGAAAUUCAAGGCGGGGUGGCCGCUGAGAAGCCGCCGAAACCAAAAUGCAACAUGAGACUAGAAGAAUUAUCCAGGCCAAAAAAAUGGCUUAUGUUAGGAGUUUGGAAAGAAUAUCAUUCAGUUUGGGAUGCGGAUAGGAUGCAAAGAUUCAAGCUAAAAGUCCAAGAAGAAUUUUCAAUGACACCAGAAGAAACAGAAACAUAUUUUAAUCAAUUAAGAAAACAUGUUCAUAAAAUGCGGAGUAAAAAAGCAAUGGAGAAGCAAUUAAAACGAGAAAAAGCUUUAGCAAAGCAGGAAGCUUACAAGUUAUUUAAAAAACGUUUAACUAGAGGACUUCGUUACGCAUUUGAACAUCAACCACCAGCUGUUGUAUCGCCGAUGUUACGAGAUCUUUCCGAUAGUAUUCUGGAAAUAUUAGCCAAUAUACACAAAGUUAAUAUGCCAAAAAGAGACAGCAACGAUAAGAAUUCGAUCUUUUUGAUUUGUAUCGCCGAUUGGGCCGCGAAACUUGUCAGCAAUAUUUAUUAUCAAGUCCAAGCUUACGAGAAAACGGCCGAACUUCAACAAAACGUUUCCAAAGUAUCCGUUUGCGCAACCACUGGAACUGUUGAAGAGGAAGAAGUUGAAGAAGAAGAGGAAGAAGUUGCCCAAGGAGGCGAACAAGAUUUAUUGGCAGCAUAUGAAUAAAUUCACUGUUAUGUUAAGAUUUAUACGCAGUUUUAAUUGUGGUUCGAAAUAAAUUUAAGUUCUUUUCUGA